CUGAAAGGGUGGAGGAGAGGAGCAACAGAAAGAACGGCUCCCACAUAUCUUGGUGCCUCCAAACUCUCCUCCUUUUGUACUAGUUUAAUUUUUCUGCCCCAACAAGAUCUCAUCUCGGGAAAGUUUAGCUGCUUUAUAGGGUUGUUUGGGCGAAAACCGGGGGCAUCAUAAUGAGGCUGAAGAUUGCCAUUUUCUUUGGAGCUCUAUUUGGUGCUUUGGGAGUUUUGCUCUUCUUGGUUGCCUUUGGCACAGAUUAUUGGCUUUUGGCUACGGAAGUCAGGAGUUGCUGCUCAGGUGAACAGAAUGCGGAGAAUGUCACUUUCCACCAUGAAGGUUUCUUCUGGAGAUGUUGGUUUACUGGGAUAAUAGAAGAGCCCAAGGCUAGCAUUUGGAAAUUCUGGUACACUAACCAGUCUCCUUCGAAGAACUGUACACAUGCGUAUCUCUCACCAUUUCCUUUUCUGCGAGAUGAACAUAACUCAACUUCCUAUGACUCGGCAGUCAUUUAUCGUGGUUUCUGGGCUGUCUUCACACUUCUGGGUGUUGCUGCCAUCAUGAUAGCGACAUUCUUCAUCAUCUGUGCAGCUCCCUUUGCCAGCCAUGUUCUGUAUAAAGCAGGAGGAGGGUCUUUUAUAGCUGCCGGUGUCCUGUUCUCUCUGGUGGUGCUGUUGUAUGUCAUCUGGAUUCAGGCCGUGGCUGAUAUGGAAAGCUAUGUAGCCGUGAAGAGGAAAGACUGCCUAGAAUUCUCCGUCUUCGUCCAGUACGGCUGGUCUUUCAUGUUGGCUCCGGUGGGAAUAUUUUUUUCUUUGUUUGCAGGAUUGUUGUUCCUACUUGUUGGGCGGCACAUUUACAUACAUCACUAGUCUUACCCACUCCCUUCAGUGGGGUUGCACCAAUCUUGGGAAAUUUUGACUGAAAGAUAAUUUUUACAUGGUGUUAAAAUUAACCCAGGUUAGAGUUGAUUGGUGUAAUUGUGUAGCUCUUUUAACUGAGUCAUUUGAAUGAUUCUGCUUUCUUGUCGACAAUAAGAUCCCAGAUCCCCUCUAGCGAAGAUGUCUAUUGAUACUCUCAGUAUCUAAUCAUAAAAAAAAAAUUUUAGAUAUAGAUGGCAAAUGAUCCUCCUAAGAGCAUUGGGUCUCAUGUCGAUUCCAACGGACUUAUCCAAACAAGGACACUUACCAUUGACAGAGUUUAUUAAGAGCCUACUGUGUGCAGAGAACUGCACAAGGCACUUAGCAAAAUCACCACAGGAGUCUUACAGGGUUCUCAAUGCCUUUGGCAUUCAUUUCUUUUAUAAAGCCACUCGAGAGAAUGGUUUACUAUCUGGUAAACAACAUUUAAUAGAGAAAUGAGAUUCCCUUCUGCCCCUCUCCACCCACACAUACUUAUCUACAUACUCAUUGACCUGUUUUUGUUCUCAUAUGAACUUUCUUCAGGACUUAAAAAUAGAGCACAGUUGUUCUCAUAGAAGUCCAUCUGCAGACUCCCUUGGAAAAUCAUACAGUGGCUGUAGUUCAUUUCUAACAUGUACAUACACAAUUUCAUUGCUAAUAUAGUAUAUGUUGCUUUUAGUAAACUUCUGACACAAAGAUGUAUUCAUGUGAUUUUUGCAUGUUUAGGUAACGUAAUGUAUUCAACAAGUUGUAAAGUCAAAAUUAAAAUGUGACAUGGAAUUUUAAAAUCAAUUGAAUUGAAGCAUUAAGAUGUAAUGUUCAGUUCUCUUUUUAAAACUAUUUUGUAACUUCAGACCCUAACUAAGGACAUGAUUCUGUUUAGUAGAUUUUUAAUAUCCAUUUAGAGAAAGUAUAGAACUAAACCAGAUCACAGACUAGAGAAGAUGUAUGGAUUGUAU